UCUCAUAAAUUUUCUCCUCAGAAACCUGUGAAAGCCACAAAAGCUGUCUUUCCUGUUCUAACUCAAGUAUUGUUAAUACUACUUGCUAUUGGAUAGAAUGUAAAGAAGCAAGUAAGAGCUACUGUUCCGAUAAUUCAACAGUAACAGUUAAUAAUUGUAGCAUGGUGAACAUUUCCUCGUGUUCUGUGCCUACUACUGCUCCUCCAGUGCCAACCAAUGCAACAGCUAAAACCACAACUUCACCUUCCUCUUCUUCCACCACAGUUACCACAACAGGUGCAGCAAAUACCACUUCGACUCCAACCUUAGAACCUGCACGGAAGUCUACCUUUGAUGCAGCCAGUUUUAUUGGAGGAAUUGUCCUUGUCUUGGGUGUACAAGCUGUAAUUUUCUUUCUUUAUAAAUUCUGCAAAUCUAAAGAACGAAAUUACCAUACUCUGUAAAUGGACCUAUUAAAUUAAGGACUAGCAAUUCAUUUGUGUAAUUCACUGAAACCAAAAUACUCUUUAAAGAUGUCCCACGUGGAAGACGCUAUUCCAGGAUCUUUAAAUUUGCAAAGGAUGCAUAGGAUAUUUUGGAGCAUCAUCCCAGAAGAAAAAUCAGUUAAACCAUUUUGCUAAAAGGAAUAUUUAAAUAUUCUGCAUGAAUCCUUGGGGCUGUCUUUUAUUUUAAAUGGCUGCUGCUGUGGGAUUAUGUUUCUUUUCUUGACAUGCCAAAUAUAACUUUCUCUAAGUAAUGGAAAAUGUCAUCCUGUGCAGACAACCUCUUGACUCUUAGCAGAUUAAAUUUAGUCACCUUAAAGUCUGAAAGCUGCAUUAUUUUCAUCCUAACACAAGAUGUUACUCAGUGGCCAGAAAUGAAAAGUGUGCCACGCAAGCAUCAGUUGGGCGUGGCUAGCAUUUCAAAAGUGGAAUUAAUCUAUUUAGUAGUACUAAAAUGUGUCCUUAUAAAAUUUUGUGUUCAGUUAUUUUUUUCUACAUUAGAAAUAAGUUGCUACAUAGGGAAUUACAUUCCAGACUUAAUGGAAAGGAUACAAAUCAUUAAUGUUAACAGGUUCUUGUUCAUACUUGAAAAGUACCUUGUAUCUUUGAGAAUAUAAAGAGCAGUGCCUUAGACAGACUGAAAGGUAGGCUGUAACUUAAAAUGUUUAUGAUUCUUUUACGUUGAGGAAGGUAAAGGUUCUGAAGAUAUAAUGUUGAAGUAAGCAAUGGUAAACCUGCUUCUAGAUAUCAUACUGUUAAUGUUUAAUUAAAAACAAUUUUGUUUCAUAGCUGAGAAAGUUAAGCUGAAGAAUAUUAUACAAAGUUGAAGGCCUUCAUAUUUUGAACCUUCUGUCAUUUUCCUUAGGGCUAUUGAAAAGAGAUUAAACUGAUUAUUAGGUAACUUUUAUUUGUACUCAAAAAAGAUGUCCUGAUGCUAUUGUACUUUGAAAAGAUUUCUCCCAGGCUUUCCUGGAAAGUAACUUUUUUGAGGCUAUAAGGAAAUAGGUUUUAGAAUCAUUUAUUAACUCUUUAAAAGGAGAGUCAUCAGUUUUCCAAGCAAAUGUGACCAGUAUAAAUUUCACAGAACCUAUGGGUUGUAAGCCAAGUAUGGUAGGGGCAUGCUUGGCACUUGGGAGCCGAGGCAAGGAGGAUCUCCUUGUGUUUGGGGCCAGCCUGAACUACAGAGGCGAGGCCCUUUCUCAAAAAGAGAAAAAAAAAAUUUAUGGAUUUUUGAUUUUUGAUCCAGUUAGAUUUUUAAUGAUUGCCCUGGAUAGACUGCUUUUUGUCCUUUUUUGUUUUCUCCUUGAUUUCAAUUCCUAUAGGAUAAUAAGCAUGGAUACUUUUGUUGCUGUCAUUUCUCAUCAAGCACUAAUUUUCUUAGUUUUAGGAGGACUACUUCUCUCUUACCUUUGGUACAUUGGAUUAGUUCAGAGGCCUUAAUUAGUUUAAAAUAGGCUUUUGCUUUUCUAGGUCUUUUUUUUUCCCCUCCUUUCUCCCUGGCUUAUAGUAGCUGAGUUUAGCACUUGGUUUUCAGCAUUUUAUAGUAGAAAAUGAUUGCUUUGGUUCAUUUCAUAAACAAAUUCCUUAGGUGAUUAUAUUAAAGGUUCUCAAAAUGAAGAGUUAUUGUUUUCCUUGUCAUUGCUGGUACAGUUAAACAGCUAAAGUUUGUUUUACUUGCACAUUUGUACAUACACCUAAUGUUUUCAAGUGCCUUAAUUGUUUAAAUCUCUGGCUUCAAAGAUUUUUGGAAAAGGCUAGUCUUACCUCACAGUUUUGUGUUUCCAUUAAAUGUAAUAUUUUAGGUACUUCACAAAAUUUAUUAUGGUGCCAUGGCUGUUAGUAUUUGGUGAGUGCUGUAAAAUUCAUUUGAAAUACACAGAAUUCCCAUCCUCACAAGGUGGCAAAGAUGAGCAGUUGUCACCUGGAUAGGAAUUGUUUGCCACACAUUAAUGUCAACACAUGUUGGAAAUUUUGUGGAAGUAAUUGGAGCUUCUAUGAUUUUGAGCACUGCUCUGACAACAAAACCAUACGAAGUUAGAUUUUGCAAGGUGAUCUCUUGCAA